CGAGGCCCCGCCUCUUCUCGGGACUCGCUGACCAACCCACCUCCUUCCCCUUUCACCUCUGGCAGCGCCUGUGUGCCAGGAAGGGGAAGGUCUUCUUUAUUUCAUCUUUUGGCAAGUAUGUUCAAGCCUGGAAAACACACUCAGGCAGACGGCCGCGGCUUCCGUGCAGUCGUGGUUCGCCGGUGCUCUAAGGGUCCUAAAGAACAGGAGUCAUGUUGCUGGAAAUACUCCUCGCCUCAGUGCUGGGCUUUGUCAUCUACUGGUUCAUCUCCAAGGACAAGGAGGAGACUUUGCCACUUGAAGAUGGGUGGUGGGGCCCCGGGGUGAGGCCCACAGCUGGGGAGGACGAGAGCAUCUGCCCGUUCAAGGUGGAAACAUCGGAUGAGGAGAUCAACGACUUACACCAGAGGAUCGAGAAGGUCCGUUUAGCCCCACCUUUGGAGGACAGCCGCUUCCACUACGGUUUCAACUCCAACUACCUGAAGAAAGUCAUCUCCUACUGGCGGAAUGGUUUUGACUGGAGGAAGCAGGUGGAGAUUCUCAACAAAUACCCUCACUUCAAGACAAAGAUUGAAGGCCUGGACAUCCAUUUCAUCCACGUGAAGCCCCCCCAGCUGCCCUCUGGCCACACCCCAAAGCCCUUGCUGAUGGUACAUGGCUGGCCUGGCUCCUUCUACGAAUUUUAUAAGAUCAUCCCGCUCCUGACUGACCCCAAGAACCAUGGCCUGAGCGAUGAGCAUGUUUUUGAAGUCAUCUGUCCGUCCAUUCCUGGCUACGGCUUCUCGGAGGCACCCUCCAAGAAGGGCUGCAAUUCGGUGGCCACUGCCAGGAUCUUUUAUAAGCUGAUGCUGCGGCUGGGCUUCCAGCAGUUCUACAUUCAAGGCGGGGACUGGGGGGCCCUGAUCUGUACCAACAUGGCCCAGCUGGUGCCCAGCCACGUGAAAGGCCUGCACCUGAACAUGGCUUUGAUCUUAAGAAAUUUCUACACCAUUUCCCUUCUCCUGGGACGGCGUUUCGGGGGGCUUUUUGGCUACACCGAGAGGGAUAUGGAGCUGCUGUACCCCUUCAAGAAGGUCUUCUACAGCUUGGUGAGGGAGAGCGGCUACAUGCACAUCCAGUGCACCAAGCCCGACACCGUGGGCUGUGCUCUGAAUGACUCUCCUGUGGGACUGGCUGCCUAUAUCCUAGAGAAGUUUUCUACCUGGACCAACUCAGAGUUCCGGGAUCUGGAGGAUGGAGGCCUGGAGAGGAAGUUCUCCCUGGACGAUCUGCUGACGGGCAUCAUGCUCUACUGGACAACGGGCACCAUCACUUCUUCCCAGCGCUUCUACAAGGAGAACCUGGGACAGGGUUUCAUGGCCAAUAAGCAUGAGACGAUGAAGGUCUACGUGCCCACCGGCUUUGCUGCCUUCCCUUAUGAGUUAAUGCACUUCCCAGAGAAGUGGGUGAAGUCCAAGUACCCUAAACUCCUCUCCUAUUCCUACAUGCCCCGUGGGGGCCACUUUGCUGCCUUUGAGGAGCCGGAGCUGCUCGCCCAGGACAUCCGCAAGUUCGUGGGGCUGGUAGAGCGGCAGUGACCCGAGCGGAGACAGGCUGUCACCAUACAGGCCCCCUCCUGAUGCUGCCCCUUGACCCAGAGGCCCCCAGUCUCCCAGCCCAGCUCCUGGUAGAAGUGGGGCUGGCAGGGAGGCCACCCCCCACCUUCUCUUGGUGAAGAGGCCCCUUUUCUGAGGAAUGUAUCCACAUCUGUCCCCUGCCCACGCUGGGACCCCAUGCUCAUCCCUUCACACCCACUCCUCACACACCUGUUAAGCAAUGUGGCUUUGAUGAUAAAUGAUUUUCCUUCUAA